CCACCUUCUCUCUCCUCAUUUAGAAACCCUAGCCUUCAUUCUUCUUCCCCUCUCUCAUCUCAUCCAGCCGCACCUCUUUUCAUCAUCUUCUCUCUCUAAAAUCACCACUGCCACCACCCCCUUUUCUUCCUCCCUCACGCCACCUCCUUCAUCUUCCUUCUCCGAUCGGCGGCGGCGGAACACGGCAGGGACGACUUCCAUCACUCCGGUGAUUAACCGACGUAUGAGAGUAAGGAACAUUUAUUCAAAUCUCUGUCUAAAACAUUGAGGGAUUUGAGAUUUGUAGGGAGGAGCCAUGAGCAGGAGCUUGGGAAUUCCAGUGAAGCUACUCCAUGAGGCCGCGGGCCACGUUGUGUCGGUGGAGCUUAAAAGUGGCGAGCUUUAUAGAGGAAGUAUGAUCGAGUGCGAGGAUAACUGGAACUGCCAGCUCGAAAACAUCACCUACACUGCUAAGGAUGGGAAGGUCUCACAGCUUGAGCAUGUUUUCAUCCGAGGUAGCAAAGUCAGGUUUAUGGUCAUACCAGACAUGCUGAAGAAUGCUCCAAUGUUCAAGCGUCUUGAUGCUAGAAUUAAGGGUAAGGGCGCCUCACUUGGUGUUGGCAGGGGCAGGGCUGUUGCUAUGCGAGCUAAAGCUCAAGCUGCUGGCCGUGGGAGUGCAACUGGUCGGGGUGCCAUGCCAUCUGCCCGAAGGUGAUGAAACCAUGAAUAUAGUUUGUUAUGCCCUCCCUGUGUUCAAGCCUCAAUAGACAUUAGAUAAUUGACCAUCUGGUUUUGUUAGUUUCGGUAUCGACAUCCUCGACGUUGAAGGCUAUGGGUUGUUCCAUCUUGUUGAAAGUGGGCGAUUGACCACAAUUUUUAUCUUCAACUUGAUAAGCUACUUUUUACUUGAGCCCAUUUUAUGUUGAGAUUGAACUGUACGUUACCCAUGUUCAUCUUUGUUAUGUAUCUAUCUUACGUUCUUUGCAUCUUUUCUAUAUUUACCAUCGGAGUAUUGUCUGUGUCAUUUAUUCUU